AUGAGUAUUGAAGGAAAUUCCAGAACAUGGUAUGAACCACCUCAUAGAGUCAAACUUUCAAACAUUGAUAUGUCCAGUCAAAGGACACUGCUUCUACUACUGAUGUCUAGCCUGCUCAUGUGGGAAGAUGUGUCCUCAUUGCCCACCUGUAUAAUGCGUAAUGGGCGCUGCUUUGCUCCUAUGGGAGAAUUUCUUGAUAGAGCUGUCAGUUUGUCUCAGAAAAUGAAUAAACAAGCAUUUGAAAUGUUCAUUGAAUUUGAUUAUCACUAUGCCCAGAGCCAGCAGCUCAUUAAGAAGAACUUCAAAAAAUGCCACACAUCUUCUCUUCAUCUUCCUAAACCCAGGAGUAAAGCCCUGCACACACAUCCAGCCGUACUACUGAAAUUAGUGGAAAGCUUAUUGGCUGCCUGGAAAGUCCCUCUGUACCAUCUAGUGAAAGAAAUGUCUUCCUUGGAAGAUGUCCCUGCUACUAUCUUGUCAAAAGCCAGAGAGAUUGAGCAAAAGAACGCUGGACUCCUGGAGGGGAUCAGGAGUAUUCUCAACCACAUUCAAAGUAGAGAUGCUAGAAAAGAGAGCUACCCUGCUUGGUCUGGACUGGCUUCUUUGAAGUCCAACAUUGAAGACGUUCGCCAUUUUGCAUUUUAUAAUCUCAUCCGCUGCGCAGGCAAAAAUGCUCAUAAGGUUGAAACUUCUCUCAAGAUCGUGAAGUGCAAAGUAUUAAAACAAAACAACUGCUAAGCCAUUUCCAUUACAUCUCUUUCUGAUGUGCUGCUAGAUGACAUGUUGAUGUAAAACUUCCUUUAGCUGCUUUUGUUUUGAAUGCAUGCUGGUGUGAUGGUUAUCUUCUUUUAAAAUAAAAACUGACUUCAUAUACAAAAA